CUCCACUUGGAUUUGCUAUUUAUUUCAGGGAGAAAAAUAUGUAUCUAUUUGCAUUUUUCUACAUGCAGAGAUACAGUUAGACCAGCAUGGUUUAUUGAAGAGGCUGUCUUUUUCCAUUGUACGGUUCCGGCUUCCUUGUCAAAAAUCAAUUGACCAAAGAUGUUCAUUAUUGAGAGGUUGUAGUGGUGGAUUUUUCUUUCGCCUCCUCCUACAACCUGUGUAUGCAUCGAUGGAGUUUCCUCUGUUCACUUGUGGUUAUAAAGGAGAGACCAACACCUACAUGGAGGCAGAUGUUAACCUCGCUACAUUUAUUCCCAUUUCCAUCCCACUUGAUCUAUCACAAUACCUCCAUAUCCUUUUUGACAGAAAACCAACUCUACUAUGGAAGUUCGACCUAGUGACUUGGAGAAACUAUCAAUAUUUGCUGACCUUAUACUUUGCCAUUGAAGAGAUAAAUAAGGACUCAAACCUGCUUCCCAAUAUGACCUUGGGUUCCCACAUCUACAAUGCUUUUAAUUCUAACAAAAUAACCUUGGAGGACCCUCUGAUAUGGCUGUCUGGAAGGAGUGAGUAUAUCCCUAAUUACAAGUGCAACACUCAAUACAAACCUCUAGGAAUCAUUUCAGGAAACAAGCCGGAAUUUUCUGCUGCAAUUGCAACACUUUCAGAGCUCUACAAUGUCCCACAAGCUACACUGAAGAAAUGCAUAGCAUCUAUCAGCACACAUUACUACAAACAGAAAAUGCCUGGUGAGCACAAGAGUCAGCAAUAAUCAAGAUUAAAAAACCUACACGGUAACUCUCAUUGUUAUCACUCAGUUAAACAAUUCAUAAUUGUAGUUUAAGCUAAUGUAAUAAAAAAUAAAGACAAUAAUUUACAUCUGUCUGAGUUUUGUCUCUAUUGAGAGGGAUGAUACAAUAACCCCUGGCAAUGAGGCCCCAGGUAAUCACAACUUGAAUAAUUUUAACUUGGGAAACUGAAUCUCUGAAAACUGUUAGUCUCUUUCCAUAUUUGCUUUCCUAAAAGUGAAGGUUCUCAGAGGUGUUAUGAGAAUAGAAAAUACCUGUUAAUGCCUUCUGCAGUUUUCUCUACAUCAGAUAUUCUUUUGCAUUGUUAUUGUAGCAAGAGAGAUCUAUCAUUCCUUUCAAGCCAAUGAACAGCUUAUUGUUUACCUCUUGGCUGCUUCAGACACCUCAGUAACUUUGGAGCUUAUGGUAUUUGUAAAAGACUGUAUAGCACCACAUAAUUUCGGGACAAGCUAAUCUCACAGAAGACAUCCUCCUUAACAAUAGUCAGUCCU